UUUUUCGAAAUCAGUGAGAAGAUGCUUAAUAAGUUAUGGACUUUAAGAUGCUUAGUCAUAGUCCACCAAAUCAUAACUAUUUUUCGCUUCAGAAAUGCUCUAUAUUGCACCUGCACCACAGUGAUGUCUUGAUUGCCCCGUCCAUAAUUUUGACGUAAAUGGCCUUAUUUAGAACCGCAAGCACUUUUCUGGCAUAAAUAGCUGAGCCGCAAUAUUUGUUUUCCAUUAAUUCGCCUUUCCACUGGCUUUUCCGCUCUUUUGCUCUCUGGCUCUUGAGAGAUUUUCCCUCGGAACAGAUUUCCACCAGUUGAAUUUUGGCGCCCGCAUUGAUCGGUUGUGUGCAGUCGGGAAAAUCUUUCGUUUGAUCUUGUGGAAAAUAUGCCGUGCAAAGGCGUGGGUCUAUUUUUAGACAACUUGCUGAUUUCCACACUCGCUGUGCUCUAAAUCAGAUUGGGAAUCGAUAACUGUCCAAUUAAUUGCACACCGUCGGUCUUUAAGGCCUUUCGACCAGAAGGGAGAUAUCCGGAGUCCGUCGAAUCGGUUAUGCAAUCCACGAGCUAUUGAAAUGGCCAGCAAAUUUCAGAGGAAACCAUCUCCCGGUGGAGCUGGGGGCAUGGGAGGGGCAUCGAGUGUUUCCUCUACGCCGAGCAACCAGCCGCGCAAACGGGUAAAACGCUGCUGCCGGAACUUCGUCACCUUUAUGUGCACCCAGGUGGGCGUGGGCGCCCUGAUCGUAAUCUAUGCCAUCUGUGGGGCAUUCGCCUUCAUGCACAUCGAGCGGCAGUUCGAGGACAAGACGGCUGGCCUUGUGAUGGAGCUGCGCCAGAACUGCUCCCAGCAGCUGUGGAGCAUCACGGAGGAGCACAACAUUAUCGAUCGAAGGCUCUGGACAGAGGCCACUAACAAGGUACUGAGGGAGUACCAGGCGCAAAUAGCCGGAGUCGUCAAACACGGCUAUGUGGGAAGAAGUCCAGAGCAGAUCUGGAGCUUUCCGGCUGCCCUGAUGUUCUGUCUCUCGGUUAUAACCAUGAUUGGCUACGGCAACAUGGUGCCCCGAACUCCGUGGGGCAAAGGAUUCACCGUGAUCUAUGCCACUUUUGGCAUACCCCUGUACAUUCUGUACUUUCUCAACAUGGGCAGAGUGCUGGCUAGAUCGUUUAAGUUCCUCUACCGAUCCCUGCACGACUGCACCCAGGAGCACCCGCGCCUGGAUCGGAUGGACGCCCUUGAGGGCGGUGUCAGCCUGACACGCAAAAAGGUCAUUGUACCGUCAACCGCAUGUCUGUGGGUCAUAUUCUUUUACGUCCUCACCGGCACCGUGAUGUUUGCCAACUGGGAGAGGUGGAGCUUACUGAACAGCUUCUACUUUUGCAUGACCUCGCUGUGCAAGAUUGGAUUUGGCGACUUUGUACCGGGUGCCUCGCUGACCACCACUGCGGAUGUGAAUGCGGCAACGCAAAAGUUGCAGGAAGACAUUUCAGCCGAUCCUGCCGAGUUGGCCCAGCUGCAGUCCGUGGCCGCCGAUCAGCACUCCAAACUGGCCAUUAACUUUGUCUACAUGCUGUUGGGCAUGGGUUUGGUGGCCAUGUGUCGCAACCUGAUGCGCGAAGAGGUGCGCCUAAAGGCGCGCGAGAUGCGCGAGGAUGCCAAACUUUGCAUGGAGGAUACUCGGCUGCGUUUCGUCGGCUGCUGCGGAAAUCCUAGGGAUGCGUAUGAGGAUGACUACUACUAGGAUACAAAUAGAUAGUUAGAAGCGGCGAGUAAUUUACAAAGUUUUCAAAAC